AUGAACCGUGCCUCCGAGUACUUCCUGCUCAUGGAGAUGUUCCGCGGCAUGUACGUCGUCAUCGAGCAGUUUUUCCGCCCACCUUACACUAUCCUCUACCCCUUCGAGAAGGGUCCUAUCUCCCCUCGUUUCCGUGGAGAGCACGCUCUGCGUCGUUAUCCCACCGGUGAAGAGCGCUGCAUUGCCUGCAAGCUUUGCGAGGCAAUCUGCCCAGCCCAGGCCAUUACCAUUGAGGCGGAAGAGCGUGUGGAUGGAAGCCGCCGGACGACCCGUUACGAUAUCGAUAUGACCAAGUGCAUCUACUGUGGCUACUGCCAAGAAUCCUGCCCUGUGGACGCCAUUGUUGAGACCUCUAACGCCGAGUACGCCACCGAGACCCGCGAAGAGCUCCUCUACAACAAGGAGAAGCUGCUCGCCAACGGUGACAAGUGGGAGCCCGAAAUUGCUGCCGCUGCCCGUGCCGAUGCGCCCUACCGAUAA